UCGACAGGCAGGGGGUGCUGUGAGCCAUGCCCCAUAGCUCUGACAGCAGUGACUCCAGCAGCUUCAGCCAGUCCUCUUCAUCCAGCAAACAGGACUCUUCUGAUGAAAUGAGGAAAGUACAAAGAAGAGAAAAGAAUCGCAUCGCAGCUCAGAAGAGUCGGCAGAGACAGACACAGAAAGCAGAUCACCUGCACUUGGAGAGUGAAGACUUGGAGAGACAGAAUGCUGCUUUGCGGCGAGAAAUCAAGCACCUAACAGAAGAACUGAAGCACUUUUCCACAGUGUUGAAUUCCCAUGAGACUCACUGCUCGAUUCUCCAGACACAACCCCCAGUGCCUUCAGAGGUGCUUUUUACCCCUCUUGCUUUUCCUCAGAGCCAUAUCAGCUCCCCUUGUUUCUAAUACUGAUAUCAACACUUGGAUUGAAAAAAUGCUUGGAUUCCAUGCCUAGAACAAUGAGAUGAGGUUCUCACUAGGACAACUCAGAGUAUCUUCAUGUCUCUCUCUGUUGAGCAGAAUAAGGAGUCAAGAUGUCUUGGAUCUGGUCGUGGGCAGAUAUCAGGACACAAAAGAAGUGUUUCUGCAAAGGGCUUGCGUCGGUGAAUGAGAUCCAGAGAACAAGAUAACCGCAUAUUUCUGUUAUUUGCACUGAAGCACUGCAUAUUGAAGUGUGUUCUUUUGCAACACUUCUUAAUUCAUU